AAGUAACACGAGGCCCCAAUGUUCCUUAAAAAAGUUACCCUUUACAGGAGCCAAUCACAGCAUACAUUUUACGCCACCCUACAUCUCUAUCGGUGAACUCCCAAAAUAAACCUAUGAUUUGAGGUACCUUGUUGUAAAAGUCCCAUCUCUACACCGUCGAAAACUCCAAGCGCAGCCAAUUUAACCAAACAUCUAUAAAAGCGAUCGCGUUGAUUAGAGGGGCCAUCAUUUGCUACCGUGAAGCCGUUCGGUCAAUCCAUUUUACGAAUUUCUCCCGCGAAUCGAAAAACGCGCGCGCGUUCGACCAUUCACCACCGUUGAAGCAAGAAGUGUGCUGCUGCUCCACUGUACCAGUACCAGUAGUGUGCUGCUGUGUCGUGUGACUUUUUCCCCGGUCAACUCUUUGAAGAAGAAAGGAAGCAUAUCGUGCCGCAGAAAAAAAAAGCUCACAGCAUUUCCGCGUACCGACCGGAGUAGUGCAAAAGCAGAAAAUCCAGUUGGACCCAACCAAGCCGAUCAAUCGUGAUCUUCAGCUCAGAGCUUUCACGACUUUUACCCGUUGCUAGUGGUCAAUUGCGUUCCAGUAGCGUUUUGGUGCUCCAGACCCAGAGGCAGUUGCGAUUAGUGGCGAACAGUGCAAGUGCAAAUUUGCGGUUUGAGGCAGAUUUUCAAGUAUCGACCAAUAAUCUUACAUCGCUGGGCAUCACUUGUGGCGGAAAAAAACGCAGCACUUGAAAAUGAAAGUAGCGGUUGCAGCAGUCUUGCUGAUUUGCAUUAGUGCCAUCGAGGCGCGAACCAAAGCGGAGAAACGAAAGGAUUUCGAGUAUGACUACGACUCGGCGGCAGCCAGCGCUGGCUAUGGGGGCUCAUAUUCGCCCAAGUCGGGAUACAGUGCCGGAAGUGGUCUCCGCUCGAUUGCGCAAGGAUCGGCCGAUCAGGCGACAUCAGCUGUAGCCAACCAACAUGCGGCAGCCAAACAGGCAGCUUAUGUCGCUCAAAACACACUCGCCCAGGCAGCAGCCCAAGCCGCGGCCACCGCACAGGCAGCUCUUCACGGAAAACAGGUUCUUCUGCAAGGUCUGGAACAGCAGAGUCUGGAGGCACAUCAGGCACUCGAUGCCGAGAUUCAGCAAUUGCAGCAAGCCAAGCGUUCCGCCAAAGCCGCGCAACACGCUGCCCAACAGGCGUUGAACCAUGUGCAAGUGCUGACAGCCGCUCUGAACAACGCACAGGUUGCCUCUGAACAUGCCCAACAGGCUGCUAGUGAAGCCGCUGCCGAGCUGGCGUCGCAAACGCAGAUGGUGGGAGCAGCCAAAGCGCGUGUAGAGAACAUCGAAGAACAGCUGAAUGCUGCCCGUGUAGACUUCGAAGCCACUCAGGAAGCUGCCCAUAAGGCUGCUUCGUCGGCUCAAGAGGCUCAGAACAAUGCGGCCGAAGCUGCCGCCCAUGCUGCCAUCACUCACCGUAGCGGAACGGUCGCUGUUGAACACCAACACCAACAUCAACAAAUCCAGGCCAAAGCAUUCAAACCAACAGGUCUACUAACGCAAGGAGAUGAUAUCAACAGUGCCGAACAUGAUGCCCCAGCCAAUCAUAAAUUCAACGAUUUCAAACCCGCUGCCCAGUCUUACAAUUACCCAGGAUACAAAUAACUUACUGCGAGUGACUCUUCCAAACAAAUGUAGCGACCUCUCUAUGUUUUAAUAGAAGCGAAAAGAGAUUUACCUAAACGUUUAAUUAUAAGAAAAGCGUUCCGUAAUUGCCAGCUUCGAUCGGCGAAACGAAAGCGAUCGAAAUCGCUAUAUUAUAUGUGGUGAAUUUGAUUGACCAUUGUGCACAUACCGAGCGUGAUCUGCGGAGUUGUGAAAGAAAACAUCUCUAUUAUAACGGCCGGCAUGAGUUUCUCAAGCGCUGAAUAAACUAAAAUCUCGAGAGUUUAUCGCACAACCGGCUGCCCAUUAGCGUCAGUUUUGGGUGUUCGGUUCAUUCGUACAGUACCUAUGCAAUAGUAGUACGUAGUUGUAGUUCGUCUAUUAUGAUUUUACAUUUCCUAGGCCGUUAGCUAAUUUUGACGAAUAGUUACCAGUAUCACUUUAGUUUUAAGGCACUAAUGUAUAUUUAUUGAGAGAAUGAUUUGGCAAGUCUAGCAGCAUGCACCAUCAAUCAAGUUGAACUCAUGCAAACUCACAGUCUUGGAUUCAAUAGACAGUAGGUUAUUUAUUUCAAAAUUGAUGCGAUAUGUUUUCGAUUCAUAGUUUAAAACUGUUGUUAUUGUAUAAAAUGCUUCAUGCUUUCUUAAAAUUUAAAUAAAAUAGAACGUUACAAAAAAA